AUGCCCCACAGCAACCUCCCAGCACACUUCAACCGCAUCCUCGACCACCAGUACUUCUUGUUUCCUCCCUCCUCCAUGCGCCACCGCAACCCCAACCUCUCCUCCAACACUCCCUACCUCUCCCCGCAAUCCCAGCCGGGUGACUUUGACGACGGGUCUCUUCCCCAGCUGCCCUCCACCCAGCCCACCAUGCCAGAGGGCGCAAAGGUGGCGCCUAGAGGGUGCCAAACAACCUCACCCUACCUCUCGCCUCCGCACACCGCCGAGCGCUCUCUUGCCCCUUGCCUUCCUACCCCCCAGGUCUCGAACGCCCGCCAUGGCGAGCAGGUGAAUCAUUUUCCCUUUUACCACACGCACCCAUCCAGCUGGGAGAAUGUCGGGCAGUAUCGACAUUCAGCUGCUGCUAUACAGCCUUGGUCGAGCCCUGUCCCUAGCACACCUGGGCCAUCCCACCCUGCCGAGACGUUUGCGUCUGUCGCUGCCCCUUCUACCCAGCCGUCAUACCAUCAAUGGGGAUACCCCAUGCCUGAGACGAUAUUGCCUUUCGACUACUCUCACCAGAACGUAGCGACCGUUCAAACGUCAUCCACUGUUACCAAGAGAGAUGACUCGAGUGCCCCCAAGAGGGAGAGCAAUGCGUCGAGCCCGUCCGACGAAGGCCUAGUCACCAAAGGCGGGUGUCAUCCAUGUGCCAUUUGUGCCAAACGAUUCACACGGCCAUCGGCCCUGUCAACCCACAUGCAUACGCAUACUGGCGAAAAGCCGUUCGUUUGCCCCAUCUGUCUUCGAGACUUUUCCGUCCAAUCCAACUGCAGACGACACGUUCGCCAGACACACAAAGCCAAGGAUGCUCGUGCCAGACUCGAAGCUGAGGAAGCUGCCAAACGCAACGGAAGCCUCUAUCCUCCUGGUACACUUCCCCUCAGUCUCGCUCCGUCCAACCAUAGCGUGGCAUCGUCUUCUCAGUCCCGCAACAAUACCUCUCCCAUCUUUCCACGUGACACCGCUUCCAUGUAUGGGUCGGUGCCCUUUGCUGGAGGAUUAUUCCAAAGCGGAUCGACGACGACGUCGACAGAUCUGCAACCUGCUGUGGACCCCAGGGCGGCCGGUGGGUCGAGGGGCAAUAGACGUGAGCCGCGCGAUAGACGUAAACCUUAUUAG